AUGUGGAAAAGAGGACCGGACUGGCUGAUGCAAAUCGAAGAGAACUGGCCAAAAAGUGAAAUUGAGAUCCAGGAUAACAGUACAGAAAAUCAGGUAGUAGUACUCGUAGCUAAAACGAAGGAGCGAUCGGAACUCUGGGAGCGAUAUUCAUCACUAACUAAUCUGCUCAGAUUCGUGGCUUACUGUCUCCCGAUAGUAAAUAAUUUACGUAAGCCUACGAAGCUGUCUGGGCUACUAUCAGUGGAUGAAUUACACCAAGCUUGGAAAAAAGCCAUCUCUCUGGUCCAGCGAGAAGAAUUCGAUGAGGAGAUCGAGAAGCUGUCAACAAACGAAGAGAUAACAGCAAGGUCAAAGAUAAAGAAAUUGUGUCCUGUAUUGGAAGGGGAAUUCUUGCGCGUCGGGAUUAGAAUCAAAAAUGUGGAUGUAGGAUUUUAUAAAAAACACCCCAUAAUAUUGCCAAAAACUCAUCCGAUCACAGAUCUCGUGAUCAGGGAAUACCAUGCAAAAAUGUUUCACCCAGGAAUUAACGCUACAUUAUACGCGAUUCGAGACAGGUAUUGGAUCAUAGAUGGUAGAGUUGCGGUCAGAACAAUACUGCAUGCAUGUGAGAGAUGUUUCCGAGCCAAGCCCAAAGAAAUAUCCUACUUGAUGGGUGAUUUGCCAAAGGCGGUUCAUUUAGAAUUAGUAGGAGAAUUAUCAUCUGAUGCUUUUUUAGUUUGUUUAAGAAGAUUUUUUGCUCGCAGAGCCAAAGCUAGAGCUAUGUACUCUGACAACGGCACCAAUUUUGUAGGUGCAAACAACGAGAUGAAGGAACUUUACAGCCUCCUUAAAUCGAGAGAGUUUAAUGAAAAAACUACAAAUUUCUUAAGUAUUGAAGGUGUCGAAUGGCAUUUUUUACCACCAAGGACUCCUCAUUUUGGAGGAAUCUGGGAGGCGGCUGUGAAGUCCCUAAAACAUCAUAUGAGGCGAACUUUGUUUGAUACGUUGUUCAGUCAUGAAGAAUUAUGCACUUAUUUGAGCGAAAUCGAAGCGAUUUUAAAUUCUAGACCACUUACUCCUAUGUCAUCAGAUCAGAAUGAUUUUGAAGUUUUAACUCCAGGGCAUUUUUUAAUAGGCCAGUCGUUUAUGAGCGUCCCCACAUUUGACUUGUCAGCAAUUAAACCUAAUUUAAUUAAAAUAGGCUCAUCAGUCGUUUUAAAGGAUGAGAACUUGACACCGCUACGAUGGGCUUUAGAUCGAGUUCUUGAGACUCAUUCUGGCGAAGAUGGAAUUGUACAAGUAGUUACUCUUAAAGCCGAAAAGGGAAUAUUUAAGAGAGGAGUGAAAAAGGUGUCGACCUCUUCCGAUAGAAAUUGA